GCACUAGCGAAGUAUCACCCUUUCCUAUUUGACGGGAUGUAUGCCGGGUGUCCGGGAAAUAGAUGAAAUCAUUUGAUGCUGGAUUUUCUUUGGAAUAAGAUGCAUACAAGUGGAAAUGGGUUUAUGAAUCAGGAUGCUCUGGAUUUUAUUGCUGAUCGGACUAUCGAGGCUUGUGAUGAGAUUGAUGGUGUUAGGGAAGUAUUGAUUGAGAAUUCGCUGAAGUGUGAUUUUGAUAUCAAGAUGUUGCAGUGCGAACCUGGUCAGACCGCUGUUAGCGUUGAUAAGACUCGGUGUCUGACGCCUGUGCAGAUCCAAUCUGAUUUAUGUCGGCCCCAAGGAUGCGCGUACAGGGAUGGGGACCUACCCUGGGUUUGACAUAGAAUCAGAGGGUGGCUGGUUGGAUCAGGAGGCGUCUUUGUAUUCCUCUUACGCUGUUCCGAUUCUCAAACAGCUUGCUCUAAGGACGAGGACUAUAACGUCACAGUUUUCAACUGGGGAUCUGAUGUCGAUCUCUUGGAUCAGAUUGCGUUGC